AUGGAUCAAUAUCUAAGCGCGGUUUUGCGUAAUUAUACAUCAAAGGAUAAUAACGGAAAUGAACUGGAUGAUGAGGACUCAUUUGAUGGUAGUCAACUACAUUAUAAAAUUCCAUUUUGGAUCGGUUCCUUUGUGAUUGGUCUAUUAUUAUUUUCAGCAAUUGUUGCUUGUAUUAGAUACUGUUAUUACACACUAUGUCCAUCAAAUGAAACGGAAAAAGUGGCAUUGAUGCCACCAACAUCCACAUUACCACACGAACAACGAUCACACACAUUAAAAAACACAAGUAACAGCGAUGAAACGCCAGCAACGAAACGACAUCGACAAAUGUCCUCACCAGUGAUUCCGAAUAAAAAGCAUCAACGUUUUCAUCACUCUGGCCCACAAGAUGAUCAUAUCGAUUCUCUUCCCUCUCAUUUAAUAUCAAAUGAUAUAAGAUUGCCAGAUUCUGACAGGCACGUCCGAAGUUUGUCGCGUUCUCGUGCUCCAUAUGAUCUUCGAAAAAAGAUCAACGGCGUUUACGUACUACCAGUAUCACCCGCUCUGUCCUCGGCUUCAUCGUCAUCCGGAAAAACAGCUGACAGUAAGUUAAGUUCAAAUGAAACGCCGAUACGUCCUCUACGAAAUGCUGACAUAUCAACAGUAGACGAUGGAGAAAGAAUGGCAUUUAACAAUAAAGGCUACGGCGAUUCACCUCAACCGAAAGAUCGAACAUUGAAUCGUUCACAGUUACGAGUCACAACACCUAAUACAACAUUAAGACGAACAAAUAACGGUCUCCCUCCACCACCUAGUCAGCCUCCUCCGUCACCACCAAUCCACUUUUCGAAUAAUAUUCGACGAUCUGAUGAUAUGUUGAAUAAAUGCGCAACGAUGGGUCUCGAUACAAAUAAUUUUAAUAUGCGAUUUUGUCAACAAUCAAAUUAUGGAACAAUUAGAGAGAAUUCUAAUAAUAAACAUCCUCCACCUGUGCCUAGUCGAUCACAAAAACCAAUGAAUGCCAUCGGUUUUGAAGGAAUUGUGAUGAGACAGUCCGAUGAUUACGAAGCAGCAAUCGGAUUCCGUCGAGAAUUAAUUGAUCAACAAGAGAAUUAUCUUGAACAUCGUUAUCCUGACCAGUUACCGGCGACAAGUAGCCACUGGCCAGUACCACCGGAAACGAAUCAUGACAUGUCGAUCAUUCGGCACAGUCAAUCAACAAAUCCUUUACCAACAGGUCAAACCUAUAAUCAUUUGAACUUACUGCCACAUGUUCAAGUAAGAAAUCAAGUUGUACAACAACAUCACAGGCGUCGCACCGUCAAUGAAGUAUUCCGUCAUGAGGACCAAACAAUGUUAACUGAAUCAGAUACAUAA